GGGGGAGUUUGAACUCUAUCUGCUACAGUGUUGUACUAAUUCGCUAAUUAGAUCGUUACUUUUGAAAUGCACUGUAGUCAACAGAUGUGAAAUGAACAAGCUUUCAAUUAGCAGCGAUACAGAAGUAAAGAGUUUUUAGUUGAAAUGAUACUUUAACCACUUGAUAUUUUUUUAUUACUACACGUUGGAAGUGAUCCACAGAAAACCUGGGGGCGGAAAGUCUAGCUGGCAAGUAUAGAGGCGGGGAAAAUAUUUUUAUAUCAUUUGUCACGGUAAACGAUGUCGAUAAACUUCCCUUUCAACUUCCUUUGUUUCCUUGAAGGAGGAAUUUAACGUUUAUUAUGUAAUUGAAAAGGCAAGACCCACAUCGUGUUAAAAUAGCUCCUGUGCUGUAAAAACAUUUUGCUCAAGAAUUUUUGUAAUCCCCUUUCAUUUAGAGAUGCUGAAUUAGAUUAACUUGAUUUAGAAAUUGAUUAAACCGUAAAAUAGAAUUGUUUACCUUCGAUGAUGUCACUGAAUGUAAGACGAAAGGUAAAUUAUUGGGUGCCAUGCACGUCCAUUUUGAGCGUUAGUCACCCCGGCGUGUUGUGAACCCCCUAAGGAUGUGUUUCCUUGUUACGCUUUGUGAACGUUAAUAUAUAUACAAGGUCUGUUUGGUGAUCACUUAUACAUUUGCAUCCUGGCUUGCAGCGGUUGCCAGAUAGAAAAAUAUCAACGGGAUCCGCCGGUGUGUUUUAACAAAGAGAAGGGGUGCAUUGUAUACGUACUGGCUUGAAUCGGAAUUGGCAUUAAACGUGGGAUUUCGGUUCGAUGCCAAUCUAAUAUAUAUACCUGUCUAUUGGAACCAGAUGAUCAGUCGGUGUGAUUUAGGGGGCUUUAAAGGGGCCGUGUAUAUUGCGACACUUGGGUGUUGAGCGAAACACGUGGUCGAUCCGUUACUUUAUACAAGGUGAUUCUUGACGAAAUGGAUAUACACUCUCAAUUAGUGAAUAAGAUCUAAUUAAUAAGUUGGGAACUAAGUGAAGAAGAGGUUUAAUUAAAAUUGAACCAUGGAGAACACUCCAUUAACACAAGAUGUCGAGUUAACUGUGGCCUGCUACAACGAUGAAGGACCACCGCCACCCUACCACCGAAAAAACAGUCAACCCAACCCCGAGUCUCCAGGAACUCUGGCCAUAGACAUGUCGGGAAACACCUUGGUGCCUCCCGGGGAAAGUCUGACCAGUCCGGAGUCCCCACGGAGAAGACACAAGAGUGAUGGGGCUAUUCCAGCAGCCACCCUGAACAGCCAGCCUAGCGGGAAUAACCACCUGUCACCCAACCAGCGCAAGAACUCCAUGUUUGGGAGUCGGAGCACGAUUAGCGGCAUCAAGUUUGACGAUCCAUACAUAGAGGAUGGGAAGUGUAGUGAUAGAACGAGCUGGAAGACCACAGAUUCUGACGAUGAUUCAAGUUUGCAAACAAAACUCCAAGAUGAGUCGGGAUUGACCCUUAUGUACUCCAAGCAUGAGAAACUGCCUAUGAAAGACUUUUCCAUGGAAGUCAGAGCAACAAUGGAUGUCCAAAACUUUCUCAAAAAGACAGUUUUAAUUCUUGACCUUAACAAGGUCAGUUUGGAUGAAAUCAUCGAUGAAAUUCUCCACAAGCUGCUUGAUAGCUCUGGCAGUAAACACUCUUUUGACCAGGCCAGAUCAGCUCUCUUCACACAUGAUUGUGUUCAUCAGCUGAGUCGAACCCUUCAGUGUACCAGCAUAUCGGAGGGAGGGGGCUUUGAUUACGACCAGAACUGGAUCUGUGCUUUGGCCAGUAUACCCUCCAUCCAGUCCAGACAUGUAGGGAUAGCCCGCCUACACCACCCAGCUAACCUGGGAACCGCCAGUCAGGAGGUGUACUUUGUUAUUGUGGUCCUGACCCCCACCAAAGAGAAAGGAACAAAGAAUGAGUUGGAGACAGGGAGAACCUUUGCCACCAUCAUGUCUGACCCUGAGCUUCGUAUGAAGUUACUGGAGGUCAAUACAGAGCCGGAGUUCAAGGAAAUCCUGGAGGCUCACACCAACGCUCUGGCAGAGAAACAAAAGAACUGGGCCUCGGAGAAAGCCAUGUUUUCUGCUGAACAUCAAGAACAGAGUUCAUUCAGAUGUAGUUUGUUCCGGGGGAUCAGAGAAGACCUAAGGCGGAGAAUCCCUGUCUACGUCUCUGAUUUCAAAGACGGAGUGGUAGGAAACAAGUCGAUCCAGAAGACGAUUUCCACCACAUUCUUUCUGUACUUUGCCUGUCUGAUGCCCUCCAUUGCUUUCGGUGUCCUCAAUGCCAACAACACCAAAGACCAACUCAAUGUGGAGAAGGUUCUAUACUCUCAGACGUUUGGGGGUCUGGUGUUUGCGUUUUUUGGUGGGACUCCACAUAUUGUCCUCCUGACCACUGCACCGUUAGCUUUAUACACUAAAAUUAUCUAUAGUAUUUGUCAGGACUUUGACAUAGACUUCCCAGCUAUGUACGCUUGUGUAGGCCUCUGGAAUAGCUUCUUCCUGUUCCUGUACUCAGCGUUUGAUCUCAGCGUGUUGAUGAAGUGGUCAACAAGAUCCUCUGAGGAAAUUUUUGCGUUGUUUAUAUCCAUCGCAUUCUGCGUUGACGCUUUCAAGGAUGCUGUCAGUAACUUUGCAGCCCACUACAACAUUCCAGCUUGUUCCAUGACGACCACUGCUAACUCAGCAGUAAACUACUCCAUUACAUCGAAUCUCACAAACUCUGUCGCCUCUGUCGUAAACUCAACAGCUCCCCCUGGUGGUUGCGAGAGGGACGUCAGUCUUCUGUAUCUACUUCUGUUACUAGGGACUCUGUGGCUGGGUGUCACUCUGUAUAACUUUACGAUGACACCGUAUUUGAAUGCUGGGAAGCGAGAACUGCUGGCAGAUUACUCACUUCCUGUUGCCGUGGUGAUCAUGAGCUUCUUUGGCUCCUACAUUUUCAGGGAUGUACAGUUGGAUAGCAGUUUUACUCCCCGCGAGUUAUCGUUGGAGGUCUUUAAGGUGGUCCCCUUCCACAAUCUGUCUGUGGGGGCGGUGUUUGGAGCUAUGGGGCUGGGCUUCUGUCUGUCACUCUUGUUCUUCAUGGACCAGAACAUCUCAGCUGCUCUCGUGAAUGCUCAACAAAACAAGUUGAAGAAGGGGACUGCCUACCACUGGGACCUGCUGGUGUGUGGUGUAAUCAAUGCUGUCCUCAGUCUGCUGGCCUUCCCCUGGGUUCACGCCGCUCUGCCCCACUCCCCCCUGCACGUUCGAGCCUUGGCUGAUGUAGAGGAGAGGGUGGACCAAGGCCAUAUCUACCAAAUUAUUGUGCGAGUGAGGGAGACUCGACUAACUGCCAUCUUCUCCCACAUUCUGAUUGGUCUGUCACUACUGAUCCUGAACUACCUGGCCUAUAUUCCUACCCCGGUGUUGUAUGGUCUGUUCCUGUACGUGGGGGUCACCGCUUUGUACGGGAACCAACUGUUUGAGCGCAUCAUGCUGCUCAUCACAGAACAGAGUGCCUACCCACCAAACCACUACAUACGACGGGUCCCCCAGAGGACAAUCCACCUGUUCACCGUUCUCCAGCUGGUGCAGCUGCUGGUGCUGUGUGCGUUCGGCUUCACUCCCUACCCCUAUCUUAAAAUGUUCUUCCCAGUUCUCAUCUUCACACUCAUACCUCUCAGACAUAAGGUUAUUCCACGACUCAUUCGGCAGAAGUUUCUGAAGGCUAUUGAUGGUCAUUAGUCCAAUCAACAAAGAUUGAAAAUCCACGGUGUCUUAAAAUUUGGUUCCCAAAGAUGCGCCAUUCAGAGAUACUAAGAAGGUCACAAUGAAAGUUGUUGUUAGCAUAAGCUUUUAGUCUUUUGCAUUGUUUAUUUUAAUUUAUGCCACUUUGAUUUUUAAUUAAGCUUCAGGAGUGAUUUUAUUACCUUGUCUUGAAAGUACUUUAAAAAGACUUCAAAAAUGUCAAGGAUGAUGUGAUAUGCAAGGCCAAUUUGAUGGCAGUUUUUGUUUAUUUAGGUCAGUUUUAGGACUGCUAGUAAUUUAGUGACAGUAUAGACUCUAGUCAGAAAUACAAGAUUUUUACAUGUACUGAUAUGUUUUAGUUUUAACUGUUCUCCUUUCAUGUUAAGUUAUUUUGAACUUUCAGUUUAGCUUGGUCAUACAUGUAUCAUUUCACUCUUUUCUUUGUGAAAACUUGAGUUUUAGAUAUUAUUUUCCACAUCAUCAAUUCAGAAGAGCUUAAAGUGUAUAAUUCAAAGAGUAGUAUAUUGUUUGAGAUUAAUCAUUCAUUUUCAUAUUCAAAUCUGAAGAGAAGAUGGCAAUAUACUUAGAUCAUUGCAAUGUGGCAGAUGUCUUUUUUGUUAGUGAUAGCUAGUUUCCUCUCCAGUUGCAGUUUAUAUACAUUGUAAAUAAUCAACUUUUAAUUUUAAUAAUUGUUUGAGGUGAUGAAGUGGUUUGUUCUGUUAUUUACUAUUAGAUUUUAUUUACAUGUUGAUGCUGGUCAUAUACACUAUGCUUUGACUUUUCUUAGCAUGUAAAUGAUGCCGUCACUAAAUUCCCCAUGGCCAGUCAUUUUACCAUAACACUGUGUGUACAUGUUUAUCAUUAUAUUUAGUUUGUUUUUACAUGGUUGAAACUUGCAGCUUUUUAAAAAACUUUUUAAAUAAUGGCAAAUCCAGAACUAGUACAUGUACUGAUAAUUGCAUGUCCUCAUCAUGAAGUUAUGUGCCAUGCCUAUAAUGAUAAAUCGUAAUCGUCAUGUUCCAUGAUUCUACACUGUUAAGUCAUGUAUCAAUUAACACGAUUGUAUAAUCAUGACAUUUUUGAAUUGAUAAAUCAUAAUUUAGUAAUAUUCCAUGUAUAUAUGCUGGUAAAUCGUGUAUUUUGAGACACACAUUAUAUUUAUUUAACAUGCUUAUCAUGUACCAUGUUUAAAUACGAGUAAAUCACUUCAACAUGUCAUCAGCUGUCAGUCAUUGGUAAAUAUGAUCAGGUUUCUUGCCAUGUUUCAGCGCCAAACAUAAUGUGUUGAUAUGACAAAUUUUAAUUUAAUUGCCAUCUUUCAGUAGAGUAAAUCAUUUGGGUCAUUAAUAAACUUGUUAACAGUCCGGCACCAUUCAUGGUUAUAUGUUUUAGACUUCAGUAGCCAGAUUCCAUGUUUUUACUGGUCUUGUUUUUUUAUUGGAAGAUUUUUUGAGUGUUAGAGUUGUGUUCACUGUAGCAGUAUUUUUAUUGUUGAAUUUUGUACAAGUCACAAGCUUGACAUACACAAUGUCUUUCAUUAUCAAAAUAAUUAUUCAGUAUAUACAUGUAUACAUACAUUGAUUUCUAUUGAUAUAUGGGUAUGGAAGUGUCUUGGGUUUUUAAGCAAGUUUAGAUGUGUGGAUUACAGUUAGUAGUUCUGUAGAAAAGAUUUAGUUGUUUUAUAUUUUACCAUGAUUUGUGUACACAUGGAUUGUUAAUUACGGUCUUUCAGGAUCACAAUACGCAAUUCUGCAUACAGGUAUAUAUACCGUGUACACCUAUUGCGUGAUAUCAAAAUGUGUGAGUUUUUAUUACUAACGUGAGGUUGAUCCUCCUUAUAUGUAUAAAUAUACUAAUAUGGUUUGUGUGUGAAAAAAUACCACAAAAGUCUAGACCAAUUGGUUUACUAUUUUAAAAUAAUUAUGUUGUAAUAUGUAAAUGAUUAUCUGCAACAACAAAAUAAAAAAUGUAAAGUUAUAGUA